UUUACCUCGCUGAGUUCCCUGACAGGUUCAUGUCCUCACAGCGAAGCCAAUCCGGUGCAGCUGCUGAGCCGAAGUAGAGGAAAAGACGCCUUCCCACUUCCUCAACGCCCCAGCUAAUUGUCCAAGCUCCGGUCUGCCAGUUGCAAUAACCUGAUGAUUGUGCGCCAGUUUACCUGCAGAGCUGUUUUAUUUGCCCACUGGAGAAAACCUGGGGGCAGAAAAGCCAUGGCUAGACCAAGCUCAGAUCUGGCAGCAUUCAGGGAGAUUUUCUCCAAAGCCAAGAAUAUUGCCAUCAUCACUGGAGCAGGGGUGAGUGCGGAGAGCGGAGUUCCUACUUUCAGAGGAGCGGGAGGCUACUGGAGAAAGUGGGAAGCACAGGAACUGGCCUCGCCUGAGGCCUUUGCCAGAAAUCCCUCACGUGUUUGGGAGUUCUACCACUACCGGCGUGAGGUCAUGCUCACAAAAGAUCCCAAUCCCGCUCACCUGGCCAUCGCUGAGUGUGAGGAGCGUCUGAGCAAACAAGGGCGCAAGGUCACCGUCAUCACGCAGAACAUCGAUGAGCUCCACCACCGAGCUGGAUCCAAAAACAUCUUGGAGAUCCACGGAAGUCUGUUUAAAACACGUUGCAUGACCUGUGGCCAUGAAGCAGCCAACUACAAGAGCCCUAUUUGCGCUGCCCUCGAGGGCAAAGGAGCUCCGGACCCAGACACACGAGAUGCCGAGAUCCCAGUCCAGAAUUUGCCCAGGUGUGAGCAGACAGGCUGUCACGGUCUCCUUAGACCAGCUGUGGUUUGGUUUGGAGAGACUCUGGAUGCUGACAUCCUCACCCGUGCAGAGAAAGUGUUGGACAGCUGUGACCUCUGCCUCGUGGUCGGUACUUCAUCCGUCGUGUAUCCUGCAGCCAUGUUUGCUCCUCAGGUGGCAGUCAGAGGCGUCCCUGUGGCCGAGUUCAACAUGGAAAACACUCCCGCCACCAUGCGCUUCAAGUUCCACUUCCACGGCCCCUGUGGGACCACCUUACCUCCCGCACUGGCGCGCCACGAGACUGAACAAGAAUGAAAAAAACAUGACUCCUGGAAUGUUGGCUUCACAGAGACCGGGUUGUCUUAAACAAGAAACGUUUACUGGUACAAGUGCCAAGAAAAUUAGUUUCUGUGUGACGAGCAACCAGCGUGAAGGAUGUGAAGACGAGGCCAACAAAUUAUCUGUCACACAGAUAACACAUUUAAGAAUUUGACUAUAUUAUCAAUAUGUGCACACAACUGUAAGAGUUUGCUGAUUGAGUGGCUUCUGGUUUCUAAUCAUUAGGCUGUGAUGAGAGUAACUGAUUUAAUUGUCAUCAGGUUGCAGCAGAUAUUGCAGUAAUGCCAAAUCACCCCUCUUUGAUGUCAACAAUGAUUUGUGAGUUUGUUUGUUGUUGGGUUUUUGGGGGUUUUUUUUUUUUGGUAAAAAUGAGUUGCUGAAAAAGAAAAUGAAGACAGUGGAAAGCAAUGAUAAUUGAUUAAAUACCAUAACCAACGUCAUCACUCCUUGGGCAACGAAAGGCUUUUGAUUGCCUGACAAUAGGGGGCAGUGUUUAGCUGCCUCAGUUAGAGCCUGGUGGUUGGUUUCCAACGUGGAAAAAAAACGACUCCUAAAGGAUUUUAGAGCUUUGCCUGGGAUAUGUGGGGCUUGCGUAUGUUGAUGCUGUGUGAAUUUAGAGACUGUGAGGAAUGGUGUGCAUAAUACCUUCCAGCGGCUACGAGUGUGCUCCUGUUAAAGCCGGGACAACAGGACCUGUGUGUUACCUCAAGCGGUCAUGGGGACACGCAAUGCACAUGUGAGUGCUCAAUGAUUUGUCGCGUGUUUGUUAAUAUUUUCACACUAUCAGAACAGCUUGUGGAAAUUUGAAUGAUUCAAAAUAAAUGGAGUCUCACAAAUUGAA